GCACCAUCCAUCUCUCCUAUAUAAUCAGUAAAUCUCUAUGUUUACUAUGUGGUCGCAAACGGAGAUAAGAUGACAUGGAUGACACAAUUGAUUUUGAAGAAGUUUUAGAGGAUGAGCCUCAUGAAACAGGUGAAAUUGCUAAUAUUGAUGAACAUGGGUAUUUGGUUGGUUUAGAAUCUGAAAGUGAAGAUAUUAAUGUAGACCUUGGGUCUGAGGAAAGGGAAGAUAUUGUUGAACAUGUUAAUAUCGAGUCUGAGAUAUUUGAAGAUACUGAGUUAACAGGACAGGUCUUUGAAGAUGAUAACAUUAUGGGGAAGGUUUUCGAUACCGUCGAUGAUGCAUAUAUCAGGUGGAUAAUCAUGAAAAAGAAGCGUGAGAUGGGAUCACAAGAAUCAAGUUGAAGCUUUU